AUGGACGAACAGAUGAAUGGAUGGGCGGUUGAAAGGGUGGAUGAAAUGAUGCAUAGCGGCCCCCUGGGUCUGCGGGAGUGCUGGCGUCCGGGUGGCCUGGCGCUGUCCCCAGCCCAUUCCCCAGCCCGGGCAGCACCGCGAGGUGGGGCUCUUGGGCGCGUCCUGGGCUCUGGCCCACCCCGCGAAACCAGCUGCCUGCGAGGCCAGACCCAGCUCCACCCCUCCCGGGCUCCGCGGCUCAGGGCGCCCGAGGCGCGGGCCCGGCAAAUCCUGACGCACAGUGUCCUUGACCUGGCUUGGCAGCUGCAGCCAAGGUCAGCCCCCGGCUGCAGCGUCGCCAUCUCGGCCAGACCGGCUGACAUCAAAGCUGACGGCGGUGGGGCGGCUGGGACGAACUGCGCCGGCAGCCCUGCGGUGGGGGCAGCGGGGCCCCACAGGGCUGCUUUCGGAACCGAGGGUCCUGGACCGCCCGCCCAGCACAGCUUCGAGCGAACUUGGGGAGGAGACACUCUAAGCCCAUCUUGCCGCGCGCCCGACAGGCGCUCAAACACCCACCGACCUGUUUACAGCGGUCAGGGACCCAGCCCCCCAGACCCCAGGACCCCCAGGACCCGCUGCCGGGGAGAGGGUGUCCUCAGCAGUGACCGCACCACAGCGCUGCUCACCGGGAGUCACUGCAGCCGGUACGAGGCCCGCAGGGCGCUGGGGAUGCGCGGCCCGACUCGGGAACCUGCGCCUCCCAGGUUAAAUGACCCCUGGGCUGUACCCAGAGCCAAGCCCAGGGAGAAAGCCCACGGCCCAGUGCCUGGGACUGUGUUUCCUCUCGCCAUAUUCCGUGGAGUGUGUGAUUUGCUAACUUCUGUCCUCAAGGAGCCUGAGGGCAGGGAGAUUGAGACCAUAUCCAAUCAGGAGCACUGGAAUGAGAACUGCCCACUAAGACUCCUGGUUACACAAGUGGGAAAUGGUGAGUGUGCGGGGCCAGGGCGUCCCAAGGCACAGGGAGAUCUCAUCGGAACCGGCGGAAAUGGCGGCGGCGGCGCCGAGUCUGCGAACGGAAUUUGCUGCCGCCGCUCAGCCCUCGGUCCUCAAUCCCCUCCGGAACUCUUAACAUUCAGGGAUGUGGCCAUAGAAUUCUCUCCAGAAGAGUGGAAAUGCCUGGACCCUGCCCAGCAGAAUUUGUAUAGAGAUGUGAUGUUGGAGAACUACAGGAACCUGGUCUCCCUGGGUGUUGCUAUCUCUAACCCAGACCUGGUCACCUGCCUGGAGCAAAGAAAAGAGCCCUACAAUGUGAAGAUACGUAAGAUCGUAGCCAGAUCCCCAGCUGUGUGUUCUCAUUUCACCCAAGACCGUUGGCCCGUGCAGGGCAUAGAAGAUUCAUUCCACAAUCUUAUACUGAGAAGAUAUGAGAAAUGUGGACAUGAAAAUUUACAAUUAAGAAAAGGCUGUAAAAGUUUGAAUGACUGUAAGUUGCAGAAAGGAGGUUAUAAUGAAUUUAAUGAAUGCUUGUCAACUACCCAGAGCAAAAUAUUUCAGUGUAAAGCAAACGUCAAAGUUGUUAGUAAAUUUUCAAAAUCAAACAAACGUAAGACAAGACAUACUGGAGAGAAACAAUUUAAAUGUAAAGAAUGUGGCAAAUCUUUUCCUAAGUUUUCACACCUAACUCAACAUAAGGUAAUUCAUGCUGGAGAGAAACCCUACACAUGUGAAGAAUGUGGCAAAGCCUUUAAAUGGUCUUUAAUAUUUAAUGAACAUAAGAGAAUUCAUACUGGAGAGAAACCUUUUACUUGUGAAGAAUGUGGCAGCAUCUUUACCACAUCCUCACACUUUGCUAAGCAUAAAAUAAUUCAUACUGGAGAGAAACCCUAUAAAUGUGAAGAAUGUGGCAAAGCCUUUAAUAGGUUCACAACCCUUACUAAACAUAAGAGAGUUCAUGCUGGAGAGAAACCCAUCACGUGUGAAGAAUGUAGGAAAAUCUUUACCUCAUCUUCAAACUUUGCCAAACAUAAGAGAAUUCAUACUGGAGAGAAACCCUACAAAUGUGAAGAAUGUGGCAAAGCCUUUAAUAGGUCCACAACCCUUACUAAACAUAAGAGAAUUCAUACUGGAGAGAAACCCUACACAUGUGAAGAAUGUGGCAAAUCCUUUAGACAGUCCUCAAAACUGAAUGAACAUAAGAAAGUUCAUACUGGAGAGAAGCCCUACAAAUGUGAUGAAUGUGGCAAAGCCUUUGGACGGUCUAGGGUCCUAAAUGAACAUAAAAAAAUUCAUACUGGAGAGAAACCCUACAAAUGUGAAGAAUGUGGCAAAGCCUUUAGACGGUCCACAGAUCGGAGUCAACAUAAGAAAAUUCAUAGCACAGCUAAACCCUACAAAUGCAAGGAAUGUGACAAAGCCUUUAAACAGUUCUCACUCCUGAGUCAACAUAAGAAAAUUCAUACUGUAGAUAAACCCUACAAAUGUAAAGAUUGUGACAGAGCCUUUAAACGGUUCUCACACCUGAAUAAACAUAAGAAAAUUCAUACCUGAGAGAAAUCCUACAAAUUUAAAGCAUGGGACAAACUUUUGGAUAGUCCACAAACCUGAAUGAACAUGAGAAAAUUUAUACUGGAGAGAAACCCUGGAAAUGUGAAGAACAUGGCAAAGUUCUUUACCUCAUUCUCAAAACUUGCUAAACGUUUAUAAGAGAAUUCAUACCAGAGAGAAACUGUACAAAUGUGAAGAAUGUGGCAAAGCCUGUGGAUGGUCCACAAACCUGAAUGAGCAGAAGAAAAUUAUUACUGGAGAUAAACCCUGCAAAUGUAAAGAAUGUGACAAAACCUUUAAAUAGUCCUCACUGGUGAAUAAACAUAAGAAAAAUCAUGCUGGAGGGAAGCCCUACACAUGUGGCAGAAUGUGUCAAAGCAUUUAAUUGGUCCUCAAUGCUUAAUAAAUAUAAGAUAAUUCAUGCUGGAGAUGAACUUCACAUGUGAACAGUGUGAUAAAGCCUUUAAAUGGUCCUCAAUCCUUAAUGAACAUAAGCAAAUUCAUGCUGGAGCAAAAUGCUUGACAUGUGAAGAAUGUUGCACAGUUUUUACCACAUCCUCAAACUUUGUUAAACAUAAGAGAAUUUAUACCAGAGUGAAAUCCUACACAUGUAAAGAAUGUGGCAAAGCCUUUGAUAGGUUCUCAACCCUUACUGUACACAAGAGAAUUCAUUCUGGGGAAAAAAUGCUAUAAAUGUGAAGAAUGUAGCAGAGCCUUCAGACCAUCCACAAACCUUUAUGAAAAUUCACAUUUGAGCAUAGAAGAUUCAUUCCACAAACUUAUCUUGAGAAGAUAUGAAAGAUGAAUAUAAGAAAAUUCAUACUAGAUAUAAAAACAUAGAAAUGUAAAUGAUGUGGCAAAACCUUUAAUCCAUACUCCAGGCUUCUUAAACAUACGAGAACUCAUACUGGAGGAAAGUCUUACAAAUGUGAAGAAUGUUGCAGUCUUAAUCUUCCUCAGAUUUUUCUAAUCAUAAGAUAAUUCACAUUGGAGAGAAAAUGCAAACAUGAAAAGUGUGACAAAGCUUGUAACCACACCUCAAUCUAUUCUAAAUAUAAGAGAAAUGAUACUGGUGAGAAGCCAUAAAAAUAUGAAAAAUGUGGCAAAGCCUUCAAAUGCUUGUCAUAUCUUACUGUAUAUAUAUAAUUUCUAUUGAAUAAAUCCCCUGGAAAUACAAAAAAUGUGGCAAAACUUUUACCAAUGCUCAUCUUUUUGCACAUGAUAGCCUUUAUACUCAAGAAAAGUUGUAGAAAUAUAAAAAAUAUAGAAAAGUCAUAUCUACUCACAUUUUACUAACUAGCAAAGUUCAUACAUAUUAAAAACAUUAUAAAAGUAA